ACGAGAGCCGCGCCAUGAGGCUGCUGCGCGCCCUGCUGCGCGGCGCCUCGCCGGGCAGCAUCCCGCAGCAGGUGGACUUCUACUCGCGCUUCUCCCCCUCGCCGCUCUCCAUGAAGCAGUUCCUGGACUUCGGAUCUGAAAAUGCUUGUGAAAAGACUUCAUUUAUGUUUCUGCGACAAGAAUUGCCUGUGAGAUUGGCAAACAUAAUGAAGGAAAUAAGCCUGCUUCCAGACAACCUCCUAAGAACACCUUCAGUUCAGCUGGUGCAGAGCUGGUAUGUCCAAAGUCUUCAGGAGAUCCUUGACUUUAAGGACAAAAGCUCAGAAGAUUCAGGGGCUAUUCAUAGUUUUACAGAUACUGUGAUAAAAAUCCGGAAUCGACACAAUGAUGUAAUUCCUACGAUGGCUCAAGGAGUAACAGAAUACAAGGAAAGCUUUGGCAUUGAUCCAGUGACCUCACAGAAUGUGCAGUAUUUUUUAGACCGUUUCUACAUGAGUCGCAUUUCAAUUAGAAUGCUCCUUAAUCAACACUCUUUACUGUUUGGUGGGAAAAUUAAUCCAGCUCAUCCAAAACACAUUGGAAGCAUUGAUCCUAGCUGCAAUGUUGUUGAAGUUAUUAGAGAUGGCUAUGAAAGUGCCAAGAGCCUUUGUGAUUUAUAUUACAUGAGCUCUCCAGAGCUCAUCCUGGAAGAGUUGAAUGCUAAAUCGCCAGGACAGCCCAUGCAAGUGGUGUAUGUCCCAUCACAUCUCUAUCACAUGGUUUUCGAACUUUUCAAGAAUGCAAUGAGAGCCACCAUGGAACAUAAUGCUGAUCGAUGCAUUUAUCCUCCAAUUCAUGUACACGUCACACUGGGAAAUGAGGAUUUAACUGUGAAGAUGAGUGAUCGUGGUGGAGGUGUUCCUAUGAGGAAAAUUGACAGACUAUUCAACUACAUGUAUUCAACAGCACCACGUCCACGUGUUGAGACGUCACGAGCUACACCUUUGGCUGGAUUUGGUUAUGGCUUACCCAUAUCACGUCUGUAUGCACAGUACUUCCAAGGAGACCUGAAACUAUAUUCCUUAGAAGGUUAUGGUACAGAUGCAGUUAUUUACAUAAAGGCCUUAUCAACAGAAUCAAUUGAAAGACUCCCUGUAUAUAACAAAGCAGCCUGGAAACAUUAUAAAGGAAACCACGAAGCAGAUGACUGGUGCGUGCCAAGCAGUGAGCCAAAGGACAUGACCACUUUUCGCAGUAUAUAGGUUUUUCCUCAACAGUUCAUAAGAAGUAGGUAUGUCUGCAAAGGGAAUUUAAAAGACCCGAUUUACACCAAGAUGCUGAGCCACAUUUGAUAUGUGAAAGUAGUUUUAAGUGGCAUAACAGUGGUUUAAUGUAAUUACUUUUUUCUGGAAGUAAAAAUCAAAACCCAGAACCAAACAAGAAAACCCCCAAACCUGUACAUACUUCAAAUUUUAAGUGAGAAGGUCACACUUAAUUUGUUCCAUUUUCUAUUUGACUACUUUCAGUAGGUAAGUCAAGGGAGCAGUAAUUUCAGGUUUUAUAGAGACCAAUGCAAUCUAUAUCACAUCUGGUGAGAAAUGUAUUAAUACAUAUAAUUACAAAAUUGUUUUAAAAGAACUAUUGAAAAAGCUAAUUUUUCCAUUUUACAAUAUUACAGAUUAAUUAAAAACCUCAUGUCUGAAAUAUGAGGAGCUCAUUGCUAUACCUCUGCACCUGUAUGGCACUUUCUAUUCUUCUAUCUUAAGCAUGCUGAAGCCUAAUUUUGCAAAGUUAGAUAUGUUGCCUACACCAAGGUUUUUUUGCAGCUGUAGAAAUCACACUUAGGUCUGUAGGGAUUAAAAAAAAAAAAAAAAUCAGUUCUGGCUGCUACCACUGGUAUAAUGUCUCUCAGGUAUGUGGUACCAGUCAUAUUUCUUUGGUUGUAAUGUGACUAUUUAAUACAUGUGAAAAAUGUAUCUUGCCACGAUAUUGUGAAUUAGCAAAUAGUGUUGGCUUGUGUACAGUAAAGAUAUGCUGUCUUGCAUUUACUUAUAUUUCUGUAGGUAAGAUGAAAAUGCAGUGUUGGUGUUCUAGCCCCAGUAAGAUCUCAGACGCUGUUAUGUAAGGUGACAGUAAUGUAGAUGGAAACUAUUUUAAUGAACAGAUUUUUAAAAUUUGCCCUUAAUAGGGAAUCUCUAUUACUUUGACAACAGAAACUACCUUCUCAGGAAUAUUUAAGAAAAAAUGGAAUUAACCAUUUUUUAAAAUACCUUUGCAUUUGUGAUGUGCUUCUGGCCUUGUUUAUGUAGUAACUGGAAGUCACACUAUAACAUAAGGUAAGCAGAAUAUGUUUAUCAGUCAAAGGCAAACUUUCAAAACAUAUUGGGGAAGACAGAGAGGGGGAUGAGUACUACAUUUCAGGUACAAAGUCCUUCUUUUAAUAAAAGAUUCAACUUCUUUUAAUGCCUACUGUGCCAGCUUUGUUGAAAUCAUACACAUCUAUAUUGCACCUCGAUCCCUGUCAUUCCUGAAUGCUUUAGGAGCAACGCAGUUAGACACUGAGAACUAAUAAUUUUCUCAGUUACUUCAUUGUGCGUAAUUCUGUGAUUUCUGUUCUGCAGCAGACAUGCAUAAUCCCUCUCGGAAAGAAUAAGCCUAAAUGUUUCUAGUUCCCUAGCUCUGCACAGAGCAGAAGGUGAGAUACCACAAGUGAAGGGAAUAGCUGGUGUGCUAGAAAUCGAAGUCAUGCUGUUCUGGUUGUAGCUGAGCCAGAUGACAACUGGCACUCUAAGGGAGGAUUAUUCUGGUUUAGUUGCCACCAAAACAGUACAGUCACUCAAGCUUGUGGGCACUUUGAGAGGUUCCUAUUUUUCAUCUUUACAAGGAUGUUCAGAGGUAACUGGCAUAUCUUUUAAUCUGCAUGGCUACAAGUGAGGAGAAUCUAAAGCUGGUCUCUUCAACCCUGCAAGAGGAUGCAUGUGAGAAAUGCCACAUAUUGUGAAAUGGGGCCUGUACAAAAGUUAGAGGGAAUGCUUGCAGCUCUUGCUUUUGCUAAACUAAAGCUGAAUGUUACAGCAAGGGAUUUUAAAAAAAACCCUGAAGCUGAACAUUCUAGCUUUGAUGCUAAGUUUUAAAUGAACUGAUUUUAGUAAUGUCUGAGAACAAGAGAUAUUUCUUAAGAAAAGCUAACACAGUGUGUUUUCUAGAAGUCUGUUGAAGUACUUCAUACAGCAUUAUUGAAAUAAAGCAUCUUUCACGCUCUCAGCUAGCUACUGAUAGAAUUCUGAUCAUUAUAACAACUUACCAUGUAACGGUAUUUGUGUCUGUCUCCUCACCUGCCACCCAAAUGAUUGUGGUGAAAACACAAAUGUAGUAAUAUUUUGAUUUACAGUGUUUAAGGCUACUUACAAGUUUGAUCUUUGAUUACUUUUGAUUUAAAUAGAAGUUCAGAAGAUAAUUUUAGUGCUUAAUAUUUUCGUUACUGUAGUGAAGUCAUUGCUAGCACACUGGUUAAGUUGAACUGAAUCACUGUAAAAAAUUAGUAUACUAGCUAGCUCAGCUAUCAAAAUGCUGAGAUUAAUAGUUUUGUAUGCAAAUGAGCUCAGUCUUGCACUGUAAAUUAACUUUGGUUGGGGUUAAUUUAAUUUUUUUUAAAGAAUCACUACAUUUAUUCAUUAAAACUAUUUUAAAAAUUAAA